GACAGAGAGAGAGAGAGGGGCACUUGACGUGGUUGGGGGUCUAUUGAUGGAGAUAUGGAGAUAAGAGCAAGAGCCGACCAUCGGUUGUAUGGAUCAUUAAAAAAUUAUUAACAUUGAUUAUGAGUUAUAAGGAACUGAUAGGCUAAUUUAUAUGCCAGGUACUAUUGUACAAAUCUAUGACCAGGCUGGGCCAAUGGAACUUUUUUGGUGACGGAAAGAAUAGGCCUAAGCCUGGGCCAACUUGGCAAAUAAGAUCUAGGCUUACAAGGGGAGGGCACUACCGUCGUUCAGGUACCAAAAGUGUUCGUGCCCCAUUCCUUCGAACCAUCAUGUAGAUCAACUGACGACAGGCAAGAGGUCGAGCCAAGGUAGUUCAUGUUGUUCCAACCACCUAUUGCAACGGUUGAAGGCAUUACUCACAAGUGCAUUGGAUUUACUGACAAGUGCAUUGGAAGGAAUCGUCCAAAUGGAUAUUAAACAUUAUAUGCCCAACAAGAAACCCAGGAGGUCUGACAGGCUCAAUAGCAAGGAAAAAGCUGCCUUUGAGGAGACAAUCAAGGUCAACAUGUUGAAUUCCUGUAUUCUGGGGUACUUUGACUACCUGCCCAUUGAGCUCAAGUUCAGAAUUUUACGCUUUCUCACAGUUGAAGAUCUCAGCAUUCUGACGAUUUCGUCAAAGGCUAUGAGGAACCUGGUUGAAGGAUAUCGGGUGACACAAUUCUCAGGGCCUCACCGCAUCCCCUACGAGGAACUACAUUCUUCAUUGUCAGUUGAGGAACAAGCCAUGAUGUUAAGCAGAUUUCAUAAACUGGGUCUUUUAAUGAAGAGAUCGACAUGUGUUUAUGCAACAAAAGACAGGCUGAAAAUUGUAAAUGAAUUCUUAACGCGGAUGGAAUGUUCAAAUGUGAAAACCUGCAAAGAUAUGUCUCGGUGCAUUGCUCUGCUCUGCUUCGGCAAGUUCUUACACACUGUGAUAGCGGGCUGGGAUGACAGUGAGUGUCAGAGAGUGUUUGACAGCCUCUGUCAGCACAUGUGUGUGCACAGACUGGUCAAGGCUGUGGUGGCCAAUAAACCAGGGUUGCACAGUCACAUUGAAGUCAAAGUUCGUCAUUUCUUCCGUCGAAUAUUCUUGGACCCAUGUGGCACAGUCUUAGAUAAGGCAUUUUGGAUCACUCGUGUCUUGAAGCCUUGGCCCCUUGUUUUCCAGGCUCGACUUCUAUACCUGCUGUAUUCUGGCCACUGUUCAGGAGGAGAGAUACAGUGGCACGAGAUGAGCGAGAACACUCCGUCGGAUCUGGAGCAGUCCACACAGUACUUUGGCAACGUUUCCAGCAUUCUGCAGAUUCUCUACAUGCACAGCGUUGAGUGGUCUAGUGAUGAAGUUAUCUGCCUCAUCGAUGAAAUGAUCAGCACUCCUGAGGAUUGGUUGGUCGAAAAUAUUGCUGGUCUUCUCCUUGCCUGUGGUGAACCCAUGGCAACCAAGAUGUUGGCUAGCAGAGCUAUCAACGGAAGAUAUGUCGAAGUGGCAAGCAUUGUGGCCUCUCUAUGUUUGGUGUGUGUUAAGCACAGUAACAACUCGGGCAUGUCUCAGGUGAUGGUGAUGCUCAAGCGUAUUGUAAGUGUGGUUGACAACUGGAAGGACAGACUCUUGUUGCUCUGCAGGAUUUCUGACACGUUCAAAGAGCUGAUUCUGGAUACUCAUGAGUUCAUAGACUCUGAUGAUGGAAAUGAUGCCGAGUUCUACCAUCAUGUGACAGCAAUGACUGAAUUUGCCAAGCAGAUGACUCACCUUGCCUUCAAAAACGUCUUAGAAGUGUGAUGGAACAAUUAAUGACCAUUCUUUUCUUGUUGUUCAUGUCUGUGAUUCAGUGGUGUCUACAAUUUUAGACAUUUUGAUUGAUAGUGGGUGGUUGGCGGGUGCUCUGGUGUUGUUUGCUUCUUCUUUCCUAUCAAACAUCUGUCGUCA